AUGCCGCAAGUGUACCAGCUACUUGCUGGAUGGCAGGUGUUCUGCAUCGCGAAGGAGGUCGCGGAGCUGACCCUUGCAGAAGUCUUAUACUUCUACAAGUUGGAGCCGCAGGUCAACGUGAAGGACAAGACCUUGGACGGCUUCUACAGACUAAAGUCGCGAAGACCUUUCGCUCAAACUCCCGUCACCCAGUUCAUCAUGGAAUGGAGGAAGUUCUACUCCAGGUUGAGCGCGGAGGACCUGGACGUAGGCGGCUACGUCAACACAGACAACCUUCGAUUGGUCGGGAUGCUCACGACCACCCAAACCAUCAUCAUCUUGAACCUUCUGGGCAUCGCCUGCGAGAAGAACGUCGUCAUCUGGGAGCAAUUGGCCUUGGAUCACAUUGCAGAAGUGGAGAAAGCGUGGCGAGCUGACGCGGCCCAGCGCAAGAAGGACCAGGGCCGGACGAAGGCGGCCACUUCGGAGGAGCUCUUUGAGGAUGCCCUACCGAACACUGGGGCUCCCGGGACUAGCGUAUCGGGGCGAGGAGACUCCGGUAUGUCUACUCCUGCCAGCGAAAUGAGGCGACUCCUCAAGGAUAGGGCGGCUAGGAAAGCUGCCAGGAAAGCAAGCGAGGCGACAGGCCCAGAACCCAGCCCCAACAAAGAAGUACCCGGGACAGAACUUCUUCCCGGUGGGGGAGCCCUUGCCGCAAUCCCCAUUCAAGCCGUAGAGCCAGCUGUAGUCUCCGGCCCCGCCCAAAACCCUGUGAUAGACUUGGAGGCAGGUGCACCGGCUAGCCAAAGUUCCGGAAAAAGGGGCCUGGAAGCCGGAGCUAAGGAGGCCGACACCGGGAAGAGGCCCCGAACUAGGCGGGCUUGCUCGGCCGAGGAGUCGCACGGCGAGAGUCGACUCGCCACAAAAGAGGUUGAUCUGAUGUCCCAUCGGAGUGCCGACCUGGUGGACGAGUUGGCCGUGAAGAUGGAGACGGCCAAGCUGGAGCUGGAGGUGGCCGUCAAUCAGAGGGAGGCCGCCAAGGGGGCCCUUGGCCAGGAGAUGGCCCGUGCCCAGGCGGAGCGUGAGGAGUUCGACCGUGCUAAGGUCGGACUGGAAGAGGCUUUGUCCCGGAAGACAAAGGAGGCCGAUGAGCGGGCAACACUCUUGGAGGCGGUCGCGGCUCAGUCUGUCCUGGACAAGGAGGAGAUCCAGACCCUGAAGGCCCGGGUCUGCGAACUCGGCGAUUCUCUUCUCGAGGAGAAGGCAGCGCACGAAGCAUCCUGCCGCGAGAAGGAGGAGGCCAAGGGCAUGCUGGAGAAAUUUCAUUUUAUUGCCGCUCCUAAUUGA